AUGAAGAAAGACCCGGGAGUCCAAAAAACGCAGCACGGCGACCGAGCACCAGCAGCCGCUGACGAAGCGGUCAAAUCAACGAUGCCAGAUGAGGAGCAGCAAAAAAAUUUACAGCAGCAGCAACAUAGUGUCAAUUCCCAAGUACACACCAAAUGCGCCACCGCCUCAAGAAAAGACCAGUAG